AUGUGCUUCUUGUCACUGAUCACACCACUGUGCCUUGCUACUAUCGUCGUCGGUGACUUUGCUGAGACAUCGGAGGUGUUUUCAAUUUCCGAAGGCGCCAUCGUGGGUACGCGACUCGGACGAGUGAACAUAACUCCGGAUUUCAACUAUCGCGUUUCUGGCGUUAACGACCACUUAGGCUUCGACUCUGGAACAGGAUGGGUAUUUUUAAAAGCCGAUCUGGAUCGCGAGAGAAUCAAUGGGAGUAUUGAAAUGCUACUAGUCGGCUCUCCGCCGUCCAUCAUACACGUAGUAGUAACCGUACUCGACAUCAACGACAACGAUCCCGCAUUUCCGCUUUCUUUCCAGAAUGUCUCUUUGAUCGAAUCAAGCGCUCCGGGAACUCGUUUGCUACUGCUGUCCGCAUCUGACCCGGAUGCAGGCGAGAACGGCACCAUAGUCGAGUACGCCAUCGACAACAACGUUCACCAGUUCAGCCUGUAUCAUACUGAUUCUGGUCUAUUGUAUCUGGAGGUGAAAGAACCGCUUGAUCGAGAACACCAGCAAUUGGCAGUGUUGACUAUUUCGGCAAAGGACGGCGGCAAUCCGGCUAGGUACGGCUACACCACGGUUUAUGUGGAGAUCAUCGACGUGAACGACAACGUGCCAACGUUUCUGGCCAGUGAACUGGAAGCUUUGUGGAAUGGAUUAACAUCGGUUCCUAUCACAACACUACAUGCAGUUGACGCGGACUAUGGGCGAAACGGCAAGAUCAUCUACGACAUACCGGGGCCAGAAGCGGAGUAUUUUCGCAUAGACGGCGAUCUGGUCUACGGCCGGGCUCUAGUGUUCCAGUUGGAUGCACCGCCGUGCUGCGAGUCUCCACCAUGUACGUAUUGCUUCGUGCCUGUUCGUGCCGUUGAUUGUGGAACACCACCACUUCAGAGCACUGCGUUGCUGAAGGUCUUGCUACGUACGGAAAACGCCCACGAUCCUGAAAUCACCGUAAGCCUCCAUCCACCCACAGCAGAUUUUGCAUUGAUUGAAAGCGAUGCAAUAGCUGGUAAGACUGUUGCCGUGUUGACGAUAACCGACGAAGAUGGACCGCUUUCAGGUAAAAUCUGCUAUCGUUUCGUUGCGAUUAUCAUAGAAACCAUCGUUCAAGAGAACUCUUCGCUUGUGAUCGCUUCCGGUAACGAGAAUGGCGCUUUCGAUCUCAGCACACAGAAGCAGUUCUCAAUCUUAAAAUUGUCAAAAAGUGCAGAUGAGUUAGACGAAGAAGUAUUUGAUCUGGUCUUCGUCGCCAAAGAUGGACAAACACCGGAACGCUACACAAAAACCACCCUCAAGGUGUACAAUGAAGCAAAAGUUACAAUAUCACCAGUAUUUGUCAAGAGGGAGUUAAGCGUCUCUGUAGCAGAAGACUCACCAAUCGGUAGUUUUGUCGCUGUUGUAUCGACAAACUCUUCCGAUUGCAAAUUCACACUGGAGGCUGGAACACCUUUUCACGUGGAUAGAUAUAGCGGAAUAAUCACUAUAACGGAAGCACUAAAUGUAAACGUUGCCGAGCACUACACAUUGGAAGUGUCGGUUCAGCCUCCUCCUCCAAAUAUCCGCCUAGUAAAGACGAUGGUUACGGUAUCGGUCACCGAUGUGAACGAUCACGCGCCUAUCUUCGAUAAUCUUCCUGAUCAGCUGACUAUUCGCGAAAAUUCACUAGUCGGAAGCGUCAUUUUCACAAUAAAGGCAGUAGAUGAGGAUCGUGGAGAAAACGCUCGCUUAUCCUAUCGGUUUGCUGGCGAAAUCUGGACUGAAAUCGUCUCAAUUGACGAAGGCUUUGGAAAGUUAGUGUUAAGGAAACCAGUUGAUUUUGAGGAACUUCAAUUUUUUGAAGUGGAAGUCGAAGUCUGCGAUCAUGGCGUUCCCCGUAAGUGUUCAUCGGCAGUCAUACCUAUUUACGUCGAGGAUGUCAACGACAAUGCGCCGAAAUUCCUCUGUGCAACAAUGUAUGCCGCUGUACCCAUGAACGCGUCUCCAGGCACUUCGGUUGGCAAAGUACAUGCCAUGGAUCGUGACUCUGGCGUCUCGGGAACGGUCUACUACGCACUGGUGGAUGCGAUCACAGAAUUUUCAGUAGAUGGAUCGAGUGGCGAAAUUCGAACCACUGAAUCGCUGCGCAGAAAGAAGUACACGAUUCGGGUAGGUGCUGUGGACGGAUACGGUAUGACGUCGACAAAUAAUGCUACCGUUGUUGUUUUUAUCUCCGAAAAUAAUGCUUUGGCUUGGAAACGCGGUUCCGACAAAAUUCAGAUAUCGGAAUCGUCCACCAAAGUGGGCGACGUACUUGGUGUUUAUGAAACGAAUUUUCCGUCAGUGAUGAACGUCUCAUCUCCAAUGCUGACGAGCGAUGGCCAGCAUCGUCUCCGACUCUCAUCACCACUGCCUGCUGAGCUCGACCACUUUUAUGCGUUGUUGAUGGCGCAUGUGGACGAGAUCUCCAUCAGCAAGUGCAUCCAAGCGGAGCGUUCCGAUUGGCGAGAAACUCAUAAAGGUGAACCUUGGAAAAACUGGCGGUUGUCGUUAAGUUCACUUUUUUUUCGUGAAAGUUUUCACGAGAUUCUAAAUGCUACCUAUCACACAACAGUACGCGUUUUUAUCGAUGACGUUAACAACUGGAAUCCCAUUUGCUCGAAACGAAGAAACUUCCACAUCAAGGAAAAUGCCGAAAUUGGAACGCUGAUCGGCUUUUUGAACGCUACUGACAGCGACAUCGGAAUGCGUGGUGUGAUCGGAUCUCCUCAGAAAGUUGCCUCUUGUCAUGGAAGUGUCACCGUUGUCGACGUAAAUGACAACGGACCGAUAUUUGAACGGUUUGUGUACACGGUGAAGGUGGAUGUAAGCGAUAUGUCGGGAAGUCGUAAGCUGAUCACUGUAAAGGCUCAUGACAAUGAUCGUACUGCGACACUCACCUAUAAACUUCUGAACUACUUACACUUGUUCGAGAUAGACCCGAUGUCCGGGGUGCUUUCACGAAGAGGGCGAUUGCGACCAGAUUCUCGAUUCAACAUCUCUAUCGCUGCCAUUGACGAGGAUAAAGAAAUGGCUUAUUGUCUGCUCAUUGUGAGGACGAGCUCAGAUAAGAAUGGUCACCCAUUCUUCGAUAAAACGCUUCCCUUUAGAAUUCCUCAAGACACGAUGCCUGGUUCACUUAUCGGAAAGAUUCGGGCAGUGUCUGGAUCUCACACAGUGCAAUAUCGUUCCUCCGACUUGCGAUUUGACAUCGAUACGUGGGGGAAUGUGAUCCUAGCAGAUCGGCUUGAUUCUUCUGACACAUUUGAUUUCCUUGUAACGGCUUCAACAGCAUUUACAAACUCGACUAUGGUGCAGAAAGUAGAGAUUGAUAGGCGAGCUGAUCGAAUGGAAGAACAAACGUUCCUAAUGAAGACUGACCUUCUUCGUUCCACGAAAACAAGUGAAGUUGAAAGUGGGCGCUUGGAGUUCUGGAUUCGAGAGAAUGCUCCACAUGGAAGGGUGGUAGGGCAAGCACCUACCUCUAAAGGCGGUAAAGGUAUUGAUGUUUCGACUUCGAUCACCUAUUCAAUUAUUGGCGACAUCGGGCUGUCGAUUGACAAACGGACAGGUGUAAUCAAAACCGAUACAGUGUUCGACCAUGAGAUGAAAGAGCUUUAUUCCUUCAAAAUAAGAGCGACGUUUUCGUCUGGAGAAUUCGUCGACCGAGAAGCUUUGUUAGUAAUCGACGACGAGAACGACAACAUUCCACGAUACGACCACGACUCGUACAAUAUUACUAUAAGUGAAGACUUAGAUAUCGGUGUCGAGAUUCUAAGACUGAAAUGGACAGACCGAGAUUUUAACCACACGACAGAUUGUGUUGUUAUGGUGAGCAUACUGGACGUGAAUGAUAACUAUCCGGUCUUCGUAUCACCGACACAGUUCCAGGUGGAGGAGAAUAGUCCCUUCAUGAGAACCGUCGGGAGGGUAAAGGCAGUCGAUAAGGACGAGGGCCGCAAUGCUAUGGUCAACAAACCACUGGACUAUGAGAAAAGUCAGAAUUACACAUUCACCGUAUCUGCGAUGGAUUACGGUACACCGCAGCUAUGGACGUUGCAGGAGGUUACGAUCUUCGUUACAGACAUGAAUGACCAUGCACCUAUUCUGCGCAGUAAAAACGAUAUCAUUGUCAUAGACGAGGUUGGUGAUGACGUUGUUCAGAUUGCUGCUGUUGGCACGUCUCUAUUACAAUUCAGUACUGAGGACUUGGACAGUCUGGAGAACGCGAUCAGUAUCUAUGCGAUAGAGGAAGGCCACGGUCUAUUUGACGUGCUGCCGAUCAGUGGUCUGCUCUAUCUACGUUCACCGUUGGACUACGAGACUCGUUCUGAACACAAUAUUACCGUAUCGGCGAGAAAUAUUGCUGGUGGAGAUACGAGCUACGCAUCAUUGGCGAUUCGUGUGAAGGACAACAAUGACGAAGCUCCGCGUUUCGUUGGUGGAUGUCCUGUUUCUUUGUCGGUUUACGAGAAUUUGCCAGGACCAUUUCCAGCAACGAUCGGAACCACGAUUGCCGAGGAUUUGGAUAGUGGCGAGAAUGGCCUGGUUGUCUUCAGUAUCACGGAAGGGAACACUUCGCUUUUCUCGAUGAAUUCGGAGAUCGGCGAACUGCUUUUGCUGCAUCCACUGGAUCGUGAGCUCUGCUCUGAAUAUUUGCUUACCGUUCAGGCCAGAGAUUCUGGUUCAACGAGGCAGCUUUCCGUUUGUACUAUUCGGAUCGCAGUGCUUGACGACAACGACAAUCCGCCAGUGUUUACGCAACCUUACUAUGUUGUUCACGUUCGUGAGAACGCACCGCUCGGUCAGAAAGUGCUUGACGUCGUUGCAACUGACGCUGAUCAAGGAGAGAAUGGCUUUGUGAAGUAUUCGCUGCUCGAAGGGGAAUCGUUCGCGAUCGACAAGGAAUCGGGAGAGUUGAGCGUGUCCGCUGAACUAGAUCGGGAACACAUCGCUGUAUACCGACUGACGGUUGAAGCGAAAGAUUCUGGACGGUACAGACAACUGUCUUCGAGUGUCGAAGUGAUCAUCAUCGUGGAAGACGAAAAUGAUAACAGUCCCGUCAUCAGGAACAAAAUUCUCGACAUUUUCUUGCCAAGCAACUUGAAUAUUGGUGAUGUUGUUUACGUGGUCGACGCAGUAGAUUAUGACAAGAAUUCGUCGCUGUUUUUCAACAUCACUGGAGCUGAUGCUCGAUUUUUUGUCAUCAAUGAAAAUGGAGAGAUACAGUCCAAAGCUCAUGGCGACGCUUUUCAGGCUUCACUGAGGCAGAAAGCGAUCUACUCAGUUGUGGUGCUCGUAUUCGACGAAGGCGGUCAGAGCACCAGCACCAGCUUUACGUUCUACCUCGACGACUACGAGAAGUUUCCAAGAUGGACAUCGACGUUGAACGUCACUUCAGUGCGCGAGAACUUCUCAGGCGAUUUAUUUAAGUUCUCUGCAGCGUCAUUACAAAAUGAUUCUUCUGUGACUUACUCCAUCAUUAGUGGAUGCAAAAGUGCCUUUAGUAUCGAUCCAAACACCGGAAUUCUAUCGACAAGUGGAAACUUGGAUCGUGAGUAUGAACCGGCGUGCCGGCUAUGGAUUGCGGCUUGCGAUUCUGACAGACCACCAAGGUUCUCAAUCACUUCGAUUGAUGUGCUCGUUGAAGAUGAAAACGACAACACUCCAGUGUUUGAGCAGGUGAUCUACGAAAAGGAGAUUAUGGAGAAUUCGGAACAACAAGUCCUUCUUUGUGUAUUUGCUAAGGACCUAGACACUGGAAGUAAUUCCAAUGUUUCCUAUUCAAUCAUUAGCGGUAACGAUAUGGGAUCGUUUGCAAUCGAUUUCGCGUCUGGAUGUAUACGAUCGUUGCGUGUGUUAGACAGAGAAGUCAUAUCAGACUAUCGAUUAGUGAUAUCGGCUACAGAUCAGGGAAUUCCUCCACUUAAGGCCGAAGCUCUCGUGAAAAUCCAUGUGCUUGAUGAAAACGACAACGCACCAAAAUUUUCACACCUGUUUCACACUCGAAUCUAUGAGGAUUUGGAGGUCGGCGCACCAGUGCUACUGAUAUCAGCGACAGAUCGUGAUGAUGACGCGAACCAUACGUUUUCUAUUGACGACGAUUUUGGUGGUCAAUUUUCUAUCGAUAUUCACACUGGACAAAUCUACCUUAGACGGCCACUUGACAGAGAGAUGCAAUCAUCGUAUAGGUUUCGUGUGACGGUCAGUGACGAAACGUGGUCGGUUCACACUACUGCUGCGGUCAGCGUGCUUGAUAUCAAUGACAAUCCGCCAUCAUUUGCAAGAGACAGCUAUCUGUUCAUGGUCAAUUCAACACAGGCGAAGUUUCAUAACCUCACCUCAGCGUCCGUUGUACCAGGAGUCGCCACGACUGCUCGGAAGGACUGGUACCCUUCUGUUGAUCAGUAUGAGGCAGAGGUGUUGGCGUUCCUGAUGGUCGGCCAGUCGAUCGGCAGCAUCUACGCCAUAGAUGAAGACGAUGGCGAAAAUGGUCUUGUACGCUAUCGAUUCAAUCGAGACGUGCGGUGGUUAUCAAUCGAUGUUCUUAGCGGUGAACUGCAUCUUCUGGCGAUGCCUGAAGUUGGAAUUCUUGAGGUAACUGUGAUUGCUCAAGACAAUGGCGUGCCAAUGAUAACAUCAAUUGUACCUGUCAGUGUUGUUGCUACGCCAGUGAACUGUCGAGGUUCUUGUUCAAUGGCGGUCGACAGAACUGCUACCAAGGGAACAGUGGUCGGCAAAAUUGAGGAACACUGCGCUGACAUUCACCUCGCAAAGAUGACGCGGGCGUUCCUUUCUGACAAUUCAUUUGUAGCCGUCGAUCCUGAAGGCGUUCUUGUCGUGACAGAUGACAUUCCGGAAGAUGUUAGUGAUAUCACCGUCACCUUUAUUUCCGACACGGAAAGUGGCGAAACUGCUUGUUAUUACAUGAAUCUAGUGCUCAGUCACGGGAACGCUCAUGCACCUCAAUUUUUAGAAAAUAUGAUUAUGAACCCUGGAAAUGUUGGUUUUCUCUUUGCAGCCAAUGCUCAAAUUGUGAUUGAUAUUGUUGACGUCGACGACAACCCUCCUGUAAUAGAGGAUGACCAUCUUGUUUACGCUAUCACUUCGGUCGACGACAUGAUCUGUCCUGGCUUUUCUGAUGUCGACACCGCAUACAGCGAUCUGCGAUUCUCCACGUCCAGUUCUGAACACGUUGUAUUCGCUACCAGUAAUGGUUCAUGCAUCUCAUUUCGGGACGUUAUUCCACAUCAUGUUGACUGGACGACGACGGAUGGACACCAUUGGGUUACAACGAGGCUUACGGUCAUUGACAUGCUACCAAAGCGUCCUAAUAUUCGCGACGAAACUGUGACGAUGAGUGAAAACGCCCUCUUCGGAACCGUCGUCAUAUCGUACGGUACAGUGAUGUUGUCAGAAACCAAUGAGCAGUUCUCGGCUGAGUCUGGAGAUAUCACUGUUAUGACAAGACGUGGAAUUCACGACGACCAGCUUACAAUUUUCAAAAAGUCACAGUUUGGGCGAUAUUUGGAAAAUUCCAAGUUGGUAGUUAGAACAGUGGACGUAGCUCCAUCGCCGGUAUUCUCCACUGCUAUCUAUACAGUAGACAUUGUCGACACCAUCCCAAUGUUCUCCACUUUCUUCGACUUCAGAAUGGUAAUGCCGGUCGAUUGUCAUUGGGAAAUUGUGGAUGGUAAUGAUAAAAAGACGUUUUGCCUACUCAAAGACGGCUCUUUAGCCGUGUGUGGGUGCUUGUGUAUUCCGUCGUACAGACUGAUGACCGAGGUUAUAUGUUGUAAUCGUACUACGUCGCGCAGCGAGCUUGUUAUAAGUGUUGUUCCGACGAAAGAGGAACGCUUCGCAACUGUGGGAUUUAUCAGGGAAGGUGUGCAGUCGGUUUCAAUUGCUCGAAUAUCGUCAUCAGCGCUCGGAGAAUUCACGACGUAUCGAAUUGCGGAGAAGCGACUAGGAGAGAUCUUUUCACUGUCUUCCGAUGGUGUGCUGGCAUCGACGCGAGCACUUAACCAAUCGAGUCGAAGUGUAUACAAUGUAACUAUCAUUAUGCAACCUCACGUGGGCCAGCCGCAUGUUAUUGACGUUCUGACUGAGCAGAUCUAUUUCACUUCAACAUUGCAGGUGUUUGUUGAUGUCGACUUUGAAAAGUCGGCGAUCCCUACAAAAGUGGAAGCAACUGCAAUUCUUGCGGAUAGAGUAGCAGAGUUCGAUCUCGGAUACAUCGCUGCUGGAGCUGUGGGAGAAUGUCAUGCUCGAGACGAGGAACGUUUCCAGGUAUUAUCGACAUGCCGUCUCAUCGUCAAGCAACCCAUUGACGGUGAAGAGGUUUUGGCAUCGAUCAACGGUGUUUCUGUUCGCAUUGCGUUAAGAAGCCUACAACCGUCGAAGAAACUGCUGCAGUCCGUGUUGCAACUUGUAUUUUACGCGACAUCGACCGGAGUAGCCGAAUUUCUUACCGAACUGCAAAAAUUCUACAGUGAUAUGACCUUCUAUCCACUCGCAAUUGAUGUCGUCGCUCACCAUCGAAACACGCUAGCACUGGCGAUUCUUGACCGUAAUCAUAAAGUAGUCACCCCACACGAUGCCCACAAAAUAGUGCAGAAGUUUUUGAAACUGACAGAAUUUCCUCAUGUGCUUAUCGAGUCAAUGAAGACAAAUCUGUGCAACGACAACGUGUGUGCUCUUGGUGACAAAUGCCUCCAAGUCGUGUCCUUUCGCAAUAAGAGUUUACUUUUUUAUGGAUCCAAAUCCGUUUGGAACGUUCCUAACGGACUUAUAACGACGAGAUGUGAGUGCACAGAUUUAUGUUGUGGAAAAUCCCGUGAUGUGCGCUGUGAUGCGUCCUCUUGUUCCACUGAGGAAUGCUCAACGAACGGCCUUCGCAUGCAUGAGAGAUUUUGUACGAAUGGCGAGUGCUUGUCUGGUUUCGUUGGAGCAAUGUGUUCAUUACAAUCUGAUGAUGGGCAAAGUUUGGAUCGCCAAACCACCACUGUGGAAGCUUCAUCGAAAGAUCAUCAAAAUAGACUGUGUGCUCAUAUGAACUGCGGUGAUGGUGCUUGUCGUGUGCAUCGUGGGCAACCGAUAUGUCAUUGCUCGGAUGGACUCAAAGCCACAGACUGCUCAUACGGCUCACAAGUCACCUCUCUGAGCAAUGUUGCAUUCGUUACUCUUGUUCCUACUGAACAACUCCGAAUCGGGCUGCUUAACCAAUCGUUACUGACUAGUGAUGAUUCCUGUAACGGUAGUCAGUCUUUGGCGAUUGAGUUUCGUACUCGAGAGUCGUAUGGUACAAUCGUUGUGUUCUCCUAUGAACUGGAGCAUUCUGUGAUCGAGGUGCAUGGAUCAGUAGUACGUUAUCGAGUCAUUAAUCCACACCGUAUUCCUAUAGAUAUCACGCUUGAUAGGAAAUCUGUGGACGAUGGCAAGUGGCAUCACGUAAUGCUUGAGCUCACUUCAGAUCGUAAAACGAUUACAUUCAAAAUGGACGACAUUGGCAAACAAGCACUGUCGCGUGAAGUAUUGCCUGCGCUCAUCUCUGCCGGACUGGAGCGCAUUCAAUUCGGCCGGAAUGGACCGCAAAGGGCGCUUCUUGGAUGUGAGAUGUAG